AUGAAACAUUCUCUUAAACCGAAUAGUGAAUAUGUACCGCACUCAAAACUAAGUAUUCGAAUUGCGUCUGCUAAACCGAAACCAGACGAACCUGAUUAUGAUAUAAAACGACAAAAUUAUGUUAAAUUAUUAAAAUUUUUUAAUGAAACUGUAAAACUUUUACAAGGCGUAUUUAAUGUUGUUAUUUGUGACUAUACAGCAUUUUUUGAUAAGUUAUGGACUCAUUUAUGUCAAGGUGAUGAUACAACGAACAUGACAGAAGCUUUUCAAAGAAAAAUGGAACAAUUUCUGAAACAACAUGUUUAUGAUCAUAUUGAGAAAAUUGGUCAAAAUAUCACGUGCGAUGUCUGCGCCGCAACCAAUUUUGAAGGUUUAAGAUUUAAAUGCAGAACUUGUACGGAUUAUAAUUUAUGUGAAAAUUGUUUCAAAACCGAUAAAAUAUCAUUUAAUCAUUUAGCAACACAUAGUGUGGACUGUAUAAAAGCAUCGACAAUAACAGGUCAAAGUACAAUUGAUUAUGAGGAUUGUCCUGCAUAUAAAGAACUACAAAUGCCUUUUAAACAAUUGGAAAGAAACUUUUUAGAUAUAACAAAUCGAGCUGCAAAUAAGGUUAUGAUUGAUCAAGAACUAGAACAGUUAGAACAAGAAAUACAAACAAAUAUUCACUCAACAUUGGUGGAUUUUACAACAAAAUUAGAUUUAUUAGAAAGUAAAAUUACAGAAAAUCGUCCAAAGAAAGACGAUGUUGAUUUUGAUGAAAAACGCGUAUUGUAUAAAAAACAUUUGGUACAAACGAAUAUAGUAUUAACACAUUUUAAACGCACUUCUAAUACAGUAUUUGAAAAAGUACUUGUUCUUGUUACUGAUCUUGUACGGUGGAUAACAAAAAAAGUCGUUGAUAUUGCGAAACGAAUAUCACAAUUUUUUGAAAAUAUUUAUAAAUAUUUGAAAUCAACAAACGAAGAGUGUUGA